GCGCAAGGGCAGACCUGAAACUAAGCGAUACAAGGCUGCCACAGAAAAAAGACAUCAUUAGCCAUAUACUUGUCAUAGCUGUAGCAAAACUGGGCACAAUAGUGCAAGAUGUUAAGAGAAAGCUUCAUGUAUCUGUUCUAAUUUAUGAUACUAUGUAUUAUGAACUUCAAAAUUCUGGGUUAACAACUGUUCGAAUAUUUAGUGAUACAAA